AUGAACAAAGGAAAAUCAGCAACAAAUGCAUCGGCAGUUCCAAAAGGUGCAGAAGGCUGUGGACGUAUCAAUAUCCAACAGGUCCAAAAUGUUUUUCUGAUCUGGUUAGACAGUAAAAUUGACGAAACAAAUGGUGAAUGUCAAAAUACAAUCACAAAAUUACGACGUGCUGUUAACGACAUUAGUACAUAUACAAAUGAUGAUCAAUGCCUCGAAUUCAUUCAAACAGUCAUGGACAGAAAAAUAUGUAUGGUCAUAUCUGGAUCACUGGGACAACACAUUGUGCCUCGUGUGCACAGUAUGUCCCAAGUCGAUUCAAUAUUUAUUUUUUGUGGAAACAGAAAACGUCAUGAACAAUGGGCCAAAGAUUGGUCUAAAAUAAGGGGUGUCUUCACAGAUAUUACACCCAUCUGUGAAGCACUCAAGGAAGCUGCUCAUCAAUGUGAGCAGAAUGCUAUUCCCAUGAGUUUCGUGGGAUCAAAUAAAAAGUUGGAUCAAUUAGAUCCUUCUUUUAUGUAUACUCAAAUUAUCAAAGAGAUCUUAUUAACCAUCAAAUUCGAUCAAACACACAUCCAGGAUUAUAUCGAUUAUUGUCGUGAUGCUUUUAAAGGUAAUGCAAAAGAAAUUGAAAACAUUAAUCAGUUGGAACAUGAAUAUCACAACAGAGCACCAAUUUAUUGGUAUACCUGUAAUAUGUUCUUGUAUCCCAUGCUCAAUUGUGCGUUACGAUUGAUGGAUGGUGAUAUCAUCACACGUAUGGGUUUCUUUAUCAGUGAUUUACAUCAACAUAUUGAACAACUGCAUCAAAUACAAUAUUAUGGUGCAACUACUGCUGACACCUUCAUCGUUUACCGUGGCCAAAGUUUAUCUACAGAGGAUUUUGAACAAAUGAGCGAAAUUAAAGGUGGUCUCAUGUCAUUCAAUAAUUUCUUAUCUACUAGUACGGUUCGCAAAGUUUCACUCCGCUUUGCUCAACGUGCUACAAUUAAUCCAGAUCAAGUGGGUGUACUUUUUAUCAUGAAAAUUAAUCCUGCUCAAUCAACAACACCAUUUGCUUCAAUUGCUGGUAUUAGUGACUUCCAGAAGGAAGAGGAAGUCUUGUUUUCGAUGCAUAGCGUAUUUCGUGUCCAAGAUAUUAAGCAGAUAGGUGGAAAUAAUCGUUUAUAUGAAGUUGAUUUGGUACUUACUGCUGAUAACGAUCCAGAAUUGAACAGACUUACAGAAUACAUUCGAAAAGAGAGUUACCCAAACGCUGAAGGAUGGUACAGAUUGGGUUUGGUAUUAUGGAAAAUAGGCCAAUUUGACAAAGCUGAAGAUAUUUAUCAAGUUUUACUUGAUCAAACAAAGAAUAAUGAAAGCAAAGCACCUAUUUAUCAUCAACUUGGUUCGAUCAAAGACGAUCAAGGAAAAUAUCAAGAAGCACUUGCACUCUAUGAAAAAUCCAUUGCUAUCGAUCAAAAAACACUUCCUCCGAAUCAUCUCUAUUUGGCUUUUUCGUACAACAACAUUGGUUUAGUACAUAACAACAUGGGUAAUUAUCCGAAAGCACUUUCUUAUUAUGAAAAAGCCCUUGAAAUCAAACGACAAUCACUUCCUCCUAACCAUCUUGAUUUUGCUAAGUCCUACAUUUUUAUUGGUGCAGUGCAUUGCAGCAUGAGUUAUUAUCCCAAAGCACUUUCUUAUUAUGAAAAAGCCCUUGAAAUUCAACAACAAUCACUUCCUCCCAAUCAUCCUGAUUUGGCUUCUUCCUACAACAACAUUGGUAAUGCGCAUGCCAAGAUGGGUAAUUAUCCAAAAGCAUUUUCUUACUACGAGAAAGUUCUUGAAAUCAGUAAACAGUCACUACCUCCCAAUCAUCCUGAUGUGGCUACUUCCUACAACGGCAUUGGCGAAGUGCAUAGAAACAUGGGUGAUUAUGCAAAAGCACUUUCUUAUUGUGAAAAAGCCCUUAAAAUUCAACAACAAUCACUUCCACCCACUCAUCCUGAUUUAGCUGCUUCCUACGAUAAUAUUGGUUCGGUGUAUGAAAAAAUGAAUAAUUACUCAAAAGCUCAUACAUCUUAUGAGCAUGCUGUACAAAUUGCACAACAAACAUUACCUUCAAAUCAUCCUGAUCUUCAAGAUUAUAGAAAUAACCUCAAACGUAUAGAAAACAAAUAA